AUGGGUAUUCCCAUGUGGCGUGAGCCUUCCACGGCCGAUGUACAUAAGUCUGCUAUCGAGAAGGACCGCACUGCUGCUGCGCGUUCGACCAUCGGCCGUCGCGGUUCGUCGCGCCACGGUAUCUCCCGUGCGCGCCGAAAUGUCAUGGCUUCGUUCCAGUCGCAGAUCAUAGAUGAGCUCCGACGCGGCAGCGAUCUCCCCCGACGAUCUCCUGUGCAAAACAAUGGGAUGAGUGAGGAUGGAAUGACGCUGGCUCAGGCCCAACGCGAGGCCUUCAGGGGUCCUUCCUCGCGCCCGAAUCACCGCCAGCGGGCCGAUCAAUCUCUACGCGAAAGUCAAGCUUUGACCGAGCUGCUUGGUCGCCCUGGUUUUCACGCCUCGAGCUAUCGUAACGGUAGCCCCUCAUUCACCCCCAACUUUGCUCCUGCCGCCGCAUACCACACCCGCGGCUCUUUAACUCCCUCCUCGGACGGCAUGCGUCUUCCGCCUCUCCGUCGCACAGACAGCCCCAGUGAUGAGCCUUCUUUCUUUAUGCCCUCAAGCCUCAUUCGCAUUAAUCGGCACGCGGCCCAACCAACUCGACUGAACCGAGAGACCGCGAUGGAUGGACUUGGAGAUCGCCAGCGCAGCCUGAGCCCCGAUGGAGACCGCGAUACUAUCGCGUGGGAAAGUUUGCUGUCGACGAUUACGCCCGAUGCCAAUCUACCUUCCAAUGACACCUCUUUUGCCUCGAGUUUCGCUUCUGCGCCUGAUGUUGCUCGCACUGGAACUACUCGCGCCUCUACCCAUUCCAACCUACCUUCUUUGAGCUCUACCCGCAACGCCGCGCUUGACCCUUAUCCUGACCACCUCAACCCUUGUGACUUUUCUUCUUCGGACGACGAGGAUACGCCUGUAAAUUACCGCCGGUUCAUUCAACCCACUAUGCCCCUCACACUCCAGCGUCUCCCGGACUUUCGCUCCACCCAGAGCAGCCACCCUCCCGUUCCCACCAUUCAACUUUCCAUCACCGACCACAAUAAUGACGAUCUCCAGCAGAUGCAGGCCAUCCUGGAUCGACUCGCGCGCCGUGAAGAUAUUCCUGACGAUUGGUGGGCGGCGGCAGGCCUCGCACGAACACUCGACCGAGGUCUCAGCGCGAGCAUGGACUCGACGGACAACGAAGGCGCUUCUGGGCCCAACCGCGGUGACCUUUGA